AUGAUGCCAUUCCAUGAUUCAUACAAAGCCUGUCGUCGUCUCAUCUAUCUGUCCGUAGGUUACGAGGGCACUGGGUCAGUCUUGAUGUCCCCUGUUCCCCAUCAGAUGUUGCCCUACAUGAACGUGGGCACCUUGUCCCGGACGGAGCUGCAGUUACUGAACCAGCUGCACUGCAGGCGAAAACGGCGGCACCGGACCAUCUUCACUGACGAGCAGCUGGAAGCGCUGGAAAACCUCUUCCAGGAGACGAAAUACCCAGACGUGGGCACCAGGGAACAGCUGGCCAGAAGGGUGCACUUAAGAGAGGAAAAAGUGGAGGUUUGGUUCAAAAACCGCCGGGCGAAGUGGAGAAGGCAAAAGCGAUCGUCUUCGGAGGAGUCGGAAAACGCACAAAAAUGGAAUAAAGCGUCUAAAACCUCCCCGGAGAAGAGACAAGAGGACGGGAAAAGUGACUUGGACUCCGACAGCUGAUACCUCGCGGGGGGGGCGGGAUAUUUCCCGUGAACUGUCGGAUGCACUCCAGAGGAUGCUACUAAAUCUUGCACAAGCUCUGCCUUGUUGGAGGGGGAAAAUAUCUGUAUAUAAUGUACAAUGCCCCGAACCGAGUCCGUGUAAAUAAAAUGUGUUGCGGAGGUGUUGCACAGGCA